CUGGUGUAGAGUGCCACCUAAAGCUCACCAAUCGACGCGAAACAGAGAGCAAUAGCAGGGUUACUGCCGGGGCUUCUCGCUGCCGCGACUGGGGGAAAGGGACACCGAACAAUGUGGAAACCGGACGAGGUGGUUCCAGAUCACAGGCGGCGGGCUCGUGUGCUGUGGGCCAUCAUGAUGGUGGGAAUUGUCACAUAUGUCGGUUGGCUCGUGUACAAAACGGUGGAGAGAACGAAGUCUCCAAACACCUCUGUCGAGCUGUCGAACGUGGUGUACACGUACCCAGACCUCUGGGUGUGCCCAUACAACCAGUAUGGCUGCGAUGACAUCACCCUCGAGCUGGGAUGUGUGGAGUCGUCGUGGGAAACUGAGGCAGGCCCACCCAACGCGAUUUUCUACAACAGCGAAGGGACCGACCAAAACGCGACAGACCCACUGGAAAUCGAGGCUACCUGGGUCGACACGAGUGCCAUAGAGGGGAUCGUAAAGGGGAGAGGACUCUGUGUGGAGUUCAAGACAUCGGCUGCGACCGCUUUUGUUGGGCAAGAGAGGGACCCCGACGAAUACUUGGACUACAUCCUCUUGGAUAUGUAUUGGUACCCCAGCGGCAAUGAGACGACGGAUUCUACGACGUGCGUGGAAGAUGGAGAAGAGUGGGAGCCUCACAGAGAGUGGGUGUACGCGUUCCUGACCGAUCCAGAGGACGUUACCAUGGUGUCGACGGCAGUGCAGUUGUCCUACAGCUGCAUUACGAGUGCAUCCACCAGCCACGUCUUCAACUCGGUGGGAAUCGGCCUCACCAACCAGAUUAAAUAUGCCGCAGACGAUGUUUCUUCGUACAAGGCUGUAUCGAUAAACUCCGGGGUGUACAAGGAUCAGGCGGACGCUGACAUCACCAAGCCAUACGCCCGUUUGUCGAUGGAGCUCAAGCAACAGUUUGACUCGUGGGAGAUCAUCACAGAAGCGGACCCAUUCGAAUUCGCCGAGAUUCUUGGUAACAUCGGAGGGUUUUGGGAUCUGAUCCUGAUUUUAUGGCCUUUAUUCUUUGUGGCGGCCAGCCAGCCAGAGCCAAAUCUCAAGCCUCGCAACUUUGCAAAAUCGGUCACCAGGACAGUAGAGCGCGCCUCGGGCAUCACGAAAACGGUCGCCAAUUCGGGGCCUAUGAGGCGUGUAGAAUCUAUCGAGAUGAGAAAUGAAACGAGCGGUGCAUCCCUGGAAGACGGCUUCCAAGAAGAGCCGGCGCCGUGGGAACAUCCACCCGCGUUAGGGGUACAGAGGAGCGUUUCGAGAAGAGUACCUAAUAGCUUCCGGGUGAUACAGCCCGAUGUGUGACCCGUUUGGGACAUACAUCCUCAAAGUUGGUCGGAAAAUAUGUGCCAUGGUCUUUCCCAAUAAGUGCUUUUGCAAAGGCGCUCCAUUUUAUAUUUAGAAUGAACCAAUACAUGUUUGAUUAGGGAUAACCUUUGCAAUGUAAAUAUUACAAUCGGUGAGGAUGGCGCAUUGUCGUGUUUUUUUAUUCUUUGGAGUAAAAUACCAUCUGGGUGGGCAUGUCUUGUACAGAACCACCUGCCGAGUUCCGUAUUGAUGCAAGCAGCGGGCCAGUCGCUGUUUGGCAGCAGCAAGCGCGUUUGUAUUUUAUUCUUCAGUGUUGCCUGGGAUCGAGGGAUAGCCAGUGAUUGCCAAGGAAAGGAAAAGUAAAGGAAGUUAGACUGAAACAGAGCCGCAAAUCUACACACACUGGGCAGAUUCCCUCCACAGUGAAAUAUCGAGUCAUAUUUGGCCUCGGCUUGGGGUCCGCGUGCGCAAGGGCUUUCUGGUUUUGGCCUGAUUGGGAGUUUUUCUGGGUGCUAGACAUCUGUCUCCCUUUUGUGCGCUUCGCUCGCUAUUUCGAAGGCAAAAAUGAAACCCUUAGACUACAU